AUGGUGUACAGUCGAACUAUUAUUACUGAAGCUUUAAAUAAACUCGAUAAUAAACGUAUCAAGGUGAUUAUCUAUAGUAAAGUAGAACGAUCAGCUAAAUUGUUUGUUACAGGAGAUUAUAUUAUAGAUAUUAUGAUUGAAUCAAACUUGGUAGAAAGUCGUCAAGAUGUUCCUAUAGAAGGUCAUCAUCGUUUAAAUAAGGGUCAAUCUGUUCCAAAUGGCUUGUAUCAAUUGGGAAGAUACAGUCAAGGUAUUAAAUCAUUUCUCUAAGGGAGUUCAUACCAGGUGAGCUGCUAGACAAUAACAAUAAAUAGAAUAUUAUGUUUGUAUGUACUAUUUAUUACACUAUGCUUAUAUAUCUAUUGCAUGUAUA